UAGGCGCGUUCACGUUGCGUAUCCAGUGUGUGAGCGCGAGCGGCAGUUGACCAUCACAGUCCAUUCAGUUUCUACCCAGACGCUGACAAGUCUAAUCCACAGCAAUGGCCUCCGGUGUGAAAGUGACCGAUGAAGUUAUCGCAGUCUUUAAUGACAUGAAGGUGCGCAAGGCUCAGGCAAACGAGGAUGAGAAGAGGAAGAGGAAGAAGGCCAUUCUGUUCUGUCUGAGCAAAGACCUCAAGAACAUCGUUCUGGAUGAUGGCAAAGAGAUCCUGCUGGGUGACUUGGGAACCACAGUCCAGGAUCCAUACCAGCACUUUGUGAAGAUGCUGCCCCCAGACGACUGCCGCUACGCCCUGUAUGACGCAACCUAUGAGACCAAAGAAACAAAGAAGGAGGACCUGGUCUUCAUCUUCUGGGCUCCAGAUAGUGCCCCCUUGAAGAGCAAGAUGAUCUAUGCCAGCUCAAAAGAUGCUAUCAAGAGGAAAUUUGAAGGUAUUAAGCACGAGUGGCAGGUGAACGGUUUGGAUGACCUCAAAGACCGGCACACCCUGGCAGAAAAGCUUGGUGGCUCAUCAGUAGUCAGCCUGGAAGGAUCCCCUAUAUAAAUAUUACCCCCACUCCUACGGCUUCGAUCGAGGCCUUUCAGACACAUCUGUUGGGUUUAGCUGUUCAUUCCAGUGUGGUUUGGAGAAGGGCAAAAGCAGAACCAGCACCAUUUGCGGGACUUUCUUGGGGAGGGAUAUUGUGGGUGGGUUUGGGGUCAAGUGACAGUUACAGAGAAAAAAAAAAGAAAUUCCACAAAUUCAGACUGUCAUUCCAGUUCAAGCAACAUAAAGGAUAUGAACAAAACACACACAAAGGAAAAACAUAAGAUACAACUGAGGAAGGAGGAUGAUGAUGAUAAAUACACAUAUUGUUCAUGCUUAAGGACAGGAUUUUCUUCUUUCUGGGUUCCAUUUGAAAAAUUGCAGAGAAAGGGACAGGCAACAACCUUUAGUUUUCCAACCACUGAAUCCUGACAAAUAAUCGUUCCAACUACAUUUUUUUUUUUUUUUUUUUGCCAAACUUCUAAUUAAGUUUUGUAAGUGUGUGUAGUUGAGACUAGGUGUAGUAUGAACUAAUUCACUCUUGAUUGCACAAGAUGUAUCAAAACUUUCUCUGGGGGAACACGGUUAAAUAUAUAUAUUUUUCUUCUUUUUUUUCCUUUUUUUUUUUUUUUUUGUUUUGUUUUGUUAUUCCAUUGUUUUUUCUUCUUGAACAUGCAAAUUCCAAAACUUGAGUGAUUCCUUUUUAUUUCCAGUUCUGGGUCAGAAAACUAUGGCAUUUGAUGUAGUAAACAGAACAUUCCUUGUACGUGUUAAAACCAGGAUCUCCUCAAUUUAAAAACAUUGGUGUUAUGAUGAAGGUCUGAUGGGGAGCGAUGUGUAUAUGAAAGACCGGCGGUCAGAGUUAAGACUGAUAUUGAAUGGUGGAUGUUUUGUAUCGUCUCCUUAUCUCUAAUAAAAAGCACUAAACUAC